AUGUAUUGUGCUCAGUGGUUGAUUCCUGUUCUCUUAAUCCCUAAACAUUGGCUUCAUCCACUAUUUCUUGUGGAGCAGGCAUUAUUCAUGUGGUUCUACAUCAUUGCUUUCUUUUUGGAGCGCAGACCUUGUCACAUUUGCUCAGCAAUCUUCUUUAUUGCAUUGGGAUUGCUUUGUUGGACUGAUCCUGACACCUGCAUCUUCUGGCCCACCUGUGAUCGCAAGCUCAAUGGGGAGGUCUGCUCUUACGUCUACAAGAAUGAGCUAGCUGGACGGGUGUGA